AUGUCUUCCGUCGAUGUGCUGUUAACAGUAGGUAAAUUGGACGCCUCAUUGGCGUUACUGACCACCCAAGAUCAUCACGUUAUCGAGUUUCCCACCGUUUUAUUGCCAGAAAAUGUUAAAGCAGGAUCUAUCAUCAAAAUGCAAGUAUCUCAGAAUUUAGAGGAAGAACGAAAACAAAGAAAGCACUUUAAGAGCAUCCAAGCUAAAAUUCUGGAGAAAUACGGUACCCAUAAACCUGAAAAUCCAGUUUUGAAAAUCAUGAACGUUACUCAAACAAGUUGUGUUUUGACAUGGGAACAGUUAAAACUUGGAUCGGCAAAAUUGAAAUCGUUGAUUCUUUAUAGAAAAGGAAUACGCUCAAUGGUCAUUCCAAAUCCAUUCAAAGUAACCACGACCAAAAUAUCUGGUCUUUCCGUUGAUACGCCUUACGAAUUUCAAUUGAAGCUGAUAACAACAUCAGGUACAUUAUGGUCCGAAAAAAUAAUAUUGCGUACCCAUAAAAUGACCGAUAUGUCUGGUAUUACCGUAUGUUUGGGGCCAUUGGACCCAUUGAAAGAGAUUUCAAACACGCAGGUGUCCCAGUGUCUAUCUCACAUUGGUGCAAGACCAUUACAACGUCACGUUGCCAUAGAUACUACACAUUUUGUCUGUAACGAUUUGGACAAUGAAGAAACCAAUGAGGAGCUGAUGAAGGCAAAGCACAACAACAUACCGAUUGUUAGACCGGAGUGGGUGAGAGCGUGCGAAGUAGAGAAAAGAAUUGUCGGAGUUAGAGGAUUUUACUUAGAUGCAGACCAAAGUAUAUUGGCAAGUUACACUUUCCCACCAGUAAAUGAAGAAGAGCUAUCAAAUUCAAGGGACAAUGAAAUUGAAUCUAGACCAGCUGUUGAAAAUAAGGAUCCAGAAGGCACUGAAAAUGUUGAACAGGCUGAACCGCCGUAUAGUGAUGAGGACAAAUUUUCAGAGAAUAAGGAACAAAAUGAACAGAAAGAAGAUGAGGUUGCUCAAGAUACACCUGUGGAAGAUACACCUGUGGAAGAUACACCUGUGGAAGAUACACCUGUGGAAGACGCACCUGUGGAAGACACCCUGAAUGCUUCGCCAAUUUUGGAGAACGAAAACACUACUGAAACUGUUAAUACUUCCGUAAGAAGUUUGAAAAGUGAACCCGUUGGCACUCCGAUUAUCGAGGAAACUGAACCAAUCUCUUCCGUUCAAAACACAGAACACGUACAAAACGAAGAACAAAGUGCGGUCGAAACUGAUCCAAAUGAAGAAACUACAGAACAUGCCCCAGAAGAUGUCAAGGAUGCCAAGACAACUGUUAGUGAUCGUGUUACCAAUGGAUUGGCAGAAACUGAAGGAGAAGGUGUGGAUAUACAGAACAAUGAAAGUAACAUAAAUACGGAACUGGUGGAGGAGAACAACAAAACCGUGGAAGACACGGUCGUAAAUCCAGAUAAUGCAGAAGUUGAACUUGAAAUUCCGGAAGUAAACAGCUCCGCACAAGAAGCUGACAAGGCCAUCAAUGAAAGUACUGCCCCACAAAAGCAAGAAGAAGAUAUAGAUCCUAAAAUCGCACCUGAGACCGUAACGGAAAAAGCUUCAGAAGAGCCAUCCAAUGAAGGUGCCCCAGAAAGUUUAGAAGGCGAAGUUGCGGAGACUCAAGAGAAUGUCAACAGUGCUACCGAACCAGAUACAGAUGUUCUUGACGAGGAACCAGAAAGCACUGUCAAUAUUGAAGCCAGUGAAGAAACAGAAGAACAGGAGACGACGGAAACCGAUGUAGCCGCCAAUGUAACCGCCGAUGAUGUUCCGCCCUCUGAGCAAUCUAAAAAAAGUAACAAUAACAAGAAGAAAAAUAAGAAGAACAAGAAGAAAAAUAAGAAGAAAUGA